GUGGCUCUCGGUGAGACGCGUCAACCUCCGUCACAGCGGAGGUCACAACAGAAAACAUGGCGGCUCCCAGUAAAAAAGCGACCGUGGUGUUGAAGGCUGUGAAGAGGAUAGCGGUUCAGUUUUCUCCGUUUGAGUCUAAUGUCCGGUCAACACGGGAGUUUUUGGCCAAGGUGGGCUCAGAGAAGGCCAGAGCUACCAACAUGAACUGUGAGGUGAUAUCCGUGGUGAAACACGACAAGUCUGAACCUGUUGUGGAUAUUACUUAUUUAGAUGGAGAGAGGCUGGUGAUGAAGGGAGCAAAGUUGACCAGCAGCGAGAUGCUGAGUGCAUUUCAGUCACGGUGCACAGCCAAGGAUCUACAGGCGAAACUUGCAGCAAAAAAAUGAUUGUCAUGUAAAAUAUAUGUGUUGAUUUUCUCUGUGUUCAGCUGAGUAUAAUGGAUGUUUAUAAUUAAAUGAUUUCAUUAAAAUGUUGUGGCUCUGGUGUGAA